AUGCCCUCUGCUACCAUGCUGGUCCUAGUGUGUCUCUGCCUGGCCAUGGAGCCUCCAGCAGCCAACUGCCAGAACCUGGUGCAGGGGCGAGUCGUUGGAGGAUACUCCCCCGCCCCACACUCCCUGAGGUACAUGGUGUCGCUCCAGAGCUCCCAGGGCCAGCACUUCUGCGGAGGCUCGCUGGUCCACAAGUACUGGGUGCUGACUGCUGCUCACUGCGACAUCGGGCCAGAGCACAUGAUGGUGGUGGCAGCGGACCACACUCUGGGCAGCUACCAGGGGGUGGAGCAGUACUCCAAACCCCACACGCUCAUCCCUCACCCGCUCUACAACAGGAGCACCAACAACGCAGACAUCAUGCUCAUUAAGCUGCGAGUGCCGAUGGUGCUGAACAGCUUCGUGUCCCUGGCUCCCCUCCCACGCCAGGACUCGGGCGUGGCAGCAGGGAGGGUGUGUCGGGUGUCUGGGUGGGGCUACACCAGCCCGGAGGGCGGCCAUACACCCCCCACCCUCCGAACUGUUAAGCUGCCCAUCGUCUCCACGGCUACAUGUAACGGCAGCGAGUCUUUUAACGGGAGCAUCACGGCUAACAUGAUCUGUGCUGGGUCCAACUCUGGAGGCCGUGAUGCCUGCAAGGGAGAUUCCGGAGGACCGCUGGUGUGCGAGGGGCGUGUCUACGGUGUGGUCUCCUGGGGCAACGGCUGUGGGGAUGCCAGGUUUCCAGGAGUCUACACAGCGGUGUCCAAGUUCCGCCACUGGAUCGACAGAACCAUCUACAGCCAGUACACACGCUGCAUGAAGUAUUAA